UUUCAAUUGUUUUCGAUCUACCUUAUUCUUUAAAUAACGACAUUGAAUAACGCGAUUUCAAACGCUUUGUUGUCUCGAUUUUACCGUAUUGUUAUGCUAAAAGCAUGAAAGGGUAACCAUAGCAUCAAUACGUCUACAUCCAGUGAACAAUACAGAACAUUGUGUCGACUGAAUACUUCAACCAGUAACGAAACGUCUUAUUAAGUGACUAGUUACUGUGGAAAACUGACAUGCCAGCGUUUGUUAAUCAUUUUUCAAGCAGAGGUGAACGUCAUGCUGCCAAAGAGCGGGACUGGCUGCAUUUAGAACUGGAUCUCUGCACCGUUUCAGCCUAGAGACGGAGUGGGAAUACAAUAAGGGCAGGAGGACGUGAGCUCAGCUGGAGCCAAUGCAGCAGCAGAGCCGGCAGCCUGACCUAGUGGAGGGAAGCCUUCCAGUGUUUGUGUUCCCCACCGAGCUGGUGUUCUACGCAGAUGAGCAGGCUUCACAUAAGCAGGUGCUCACCCUCUACAACCCUUAUGAGUUUGCUCUUAAAUUCAAAGUUUUGUGCACAGCACCAAACAAGUAUGCCGUGGUGGAUGCCACAGGUGCUGUUAAACCACAAUGUUGUGUGGAUAUCGUGAUCCGCCAUAGGGACGUGCGGGCCUGUCAUUACGGGGUGAUUGAUAAGUUCCGGCUGCAGGUGUCUGAGCAGAGUCAGAGGAAGGCUUUGGGCAGGAAGGAAGUGAUAGCCACUCUGCUGCCCUCCGCCGCUCAGGAGCAGCCCCAGGUCCGGCCCCAGGAAGAGGAGCACAGGAUGAAGGAGCAGCUUGCCGACAGAGUGUUCUUUGAACAGACUGCAUUCCAGACAGAGAGCCGUACAGCGUCUGGGGGUCCCAGCCUCCUCACUGUCCUUUUAGGCCUGGUGUGUAUGGCGGCCCUUAUGCUCCCAACUCUGGGAGAGCAGGAAUCCACAGUGCCUGUCUACCUCCACUUAAGUGUUAACAAGAAACUUGUAGCUGCUUAUGUUUUAGGUCUUCUUACAAUGGUAAUUCUGCGCACUUGAAGUGCUCUUGGAAACAAUCUUGCUGAUAGGAACCAAGAUAAUGAAGAGGGGAGAUAUGGACAUUAACACAGCCAGGAGGGUUGUGAGGAUGCAGGGGAAGCACGUCUGAGAAACUCCCUAUAAACAGGAACUAACUUCUUAAAUGAUCAUCACAAACUCACAGACACAAUGAAGACACAAAGAUCCAUGGGCGAGGGGAGGGGAGCGUUCUGUUUACAGGCUGAACACUGACUGAGCUUGGCAUUGAAUCUGGCUGACUAUGUUGGGGGGGGUGGGGUGUAGAGGAACAUGAAUACAUUAAAUUAAAUGUGUUGUUAUACGUCAUAUUCUGCGUCUCUGGAUUUUUGUUGCUUCUCUCAAGACUGAAAUGGCUUUUUUUGUUCCGAUGUUUGUCCACUGCUUAAAUCUUGUGCACAGUAAUCU